CCCCCAGGGCCACCACCAGGGCCACCACCAGGACCUUCUCCAGGACCACCCCCAGGACCACCACCAGGGCCACCCCCAGGGCCACCAACAGGACGACCCCCAGGACCACCCUCAGGACCUUUUCCAGGACCUUCUCCAGAACCUCCACCAGGACCACCACCAGGAUAACCUCCAGGACCUCCUCCGGGACCUCCUCCAGGACCACACCCAGGACCUUCUCCUGGACCACACCCAGGACCACCUCCAGGACCAUCCCUGGGACCACCUCCAGGACCUUCUCUGUGACCACCACCAGGACCUCCCCCAGGAUCUCCACCAGGAUCUCCACCAGGAUCUCCACCAGGAUCUCCACCAGGAUGGGGCCGGGAGCAUCUUCCAGGAGCUCCAAGGCCAUGGAUCCACGUUUGAGGAGAUCUUCCAGGUGUCCACAGAUGGGUCCAUCCCACCCAAACCCAUGGCCGUGGAUGAGGACAUCCCACCCAAACCCACGGCCGUGGAUGAGGACGUUCUCCAGGUGUCCACAGAUGGGUCCACCCCACCCAAGUCCAUGAUCGUGGCCGGGAGUGUCUCCCAGCAGCUCCAAGGCCAUGGAUCCACGUUUGAAGGCAUCUCCCGGGCGUCCAUGGAUGAGGACAUCCCAACCCAGGCCGUUCCCAUGGACCAAAGCUUUGAGUUCCUCUUUGGGAGCAUCUCCCACACGUCCAGGGAUGGGGACAUCUCCUCAUGGACCGUGACCAGGGAUGGGGACAUCUCCCCCAGACCCGUGACCACAGAUGGUCCCACCAGGGAUGGUCCCACCAGGGAUGGUCCCACCAGGGAUGGUCCCACCAGGGAUGGUCCCAUCUCCCCCAGGCCCCAAGUCCCCAGAAUCAGCCAGGAGGAAGAGGAAGGUGAUGCCAACGAUGGCGACCACCAUGCCAGCGGUGACCGUGAUGACCACCGUGACCACAAUGACCACAAUGACCACAAUGAUCUAAAUGAUCGUGGUGACCACAAUGACCUCGAUGACCACCGUGACCUCAGUGACCUCAAUGACCACAAAGACCUAGAUAACCUCAGUGACCCCCAUGACCACAAUGACCACCGUGACCUCGAUGACCUCAGUGACCUCAAAGACCAUGAUCACCAGCAUGACCACAAUGACCACCAUGACCACCAUGACCUAGAUGACCACAAUGACCACCAUGACCAUGAUGACCACCAUGACCACCAUGACCACCAUGACCUUAAUGACCUAGAUGACCUCAAUGACCACAAUGACCACCGUGACCAUGAUGACCACCAUGACCACCAUGACCUAAAUUACCUCGAUGACCACCCUGACCUCACUGACUUCAAUGACCACAAUGACCACACUGACCACCAUGACCUAGAUGACCACAAUGACCACCAUGACCACAAUGACCACCAUGACCAUGAUGACCACCAUGACCACCAUGACCACAUUGACCACCAUGACCUCAAUGACCUCAGUGACCACAAUGACCAUGAUGACCACCAUGACCGUGAUGUCCAUGGUGGCUUCUCCCAUGAGAACGAAGAGGAGAAGACCUUGGAUAAGGAGAACAUGGAUGAGAAGAACCUGGAGGAGAACCUGGAGGAGAACCUGGAUGAGGAGAACCAGGAUGAGAACCUGGAUGACGAAGACCAGGAUGACGAAGAUGAGGAUGACGAAGACGAGGAUGAUGAAGACCAGGAUGAUGAAGAUGAAGAUGAUGAAGACCAGGAUGACGAAGGCCUGGAGGAGGACGAGGAGCCCCAUUUCCACACCAACCCCCUGUUCCAGCGCCCGCUGCCCCCGGGGGUGCCCCCCUGGCGUCCCCACGGUGCCACCCGCGGACCACCCAGAGCUCCAGAAUUUGGGGACCCCCCCGAUCCACCUCCGGAAUUUGGGGACACCCCGAAAUUUGGGGACGUUCCAGAUGCACCUCCAGAAUUUGGGGACCCCCCGGAAUUUGGGGACCUCCUGGAAUUUGGGGACCUCCCCUUGGUGUCUUCUCCUCCUCCAGGACCACCCAGAACUCCAGAAUUUGGGGACACCCCGGAUCCGCCUCCGGAAUUUGGGGACCCCCCAGAAUUUGGGGACCUCCUGGAAUUUGGGGACACCCCAGAUCCACCUCCAGAAUUUGGGGACACCCCAAAAUUUGGGGACCCUCCCUUGGUGUCUUCUCCUCCAGGACCACCCAGAACCCCGGAAUUUGGGGACCUCCCGGAAUUUGGGGACCUCCCAGAAUUUGGGGACACCCAAAAAUUUGGGGACACACCAGAACCACCUCCAGAAUUUGGGGACACCCCAAAAUUUGGGGACCCCCCCAGUUCCUGGGACCCCCCAGAUUCACCCCAAAAAGGGGAACCCCAAAUCCCCCCAAAUUUACCCCAAAAGGAGGGACCCCAAAACCUCCCAGAUUCACCCCAAAAUUGGGGACCCCAACCCCCAAAUUUACCCCAAAAAGAGGGACCCCAAUACCCCGAAAUCCCCCCAGAUUUACCCCAAAAAGAGGGACCCCAAAUCCCCCCAGAUUUACCCCAAAAAGGGAGACCCCAAAACUCCCAAAUCCCUCCAGAUUUACCCCAAAAAGAGGGAUCCCAAAUCCCCCCAAAUUUACCCCAAAACCUCCCAGAACCAUCAAACUUGCCCCAAAAGGAGGGACCCCAAAUCCCCCCAAAUUCACCCCAAAAAGAGGGACCCCAAUACCCCGAAAUCCCUCCAGAUUUACCCCAAAAAGCGCGACCCCAAAAAGAGGGACCCCAAAUCCCCCCAGAACCCCCAAAUUUACCCCAAAAUGGGGGACCUGAAAGCCCCCAAAUCCCUCCAGAUUUACCCCAAAAAGAGGGACCCCAAAUCCCCCCAGAACCCCCAAAUUUACCCCAAAAAGGGGGACCUGAAACCCCCCCCAUCCCCUGA